AGUAAUGGCCAUCUAUUUGGGUCGUACAGAAGGAGCGACGCUUUUUCUCGCUCCGAAGCUGGAUUUUUGAGCCUUUUCGACAGCUCAACCCGCCCGCUAUCGGUCCUGUUUGUACCCUACUCCCGUUUACAAACAUUGAUUCGCUGCUACGCGGAACCAAGCGGGUCAAAGCGUCCUAAACUUCGCCCCAAAGCAGCGAGCUAGCCUCGGCUAACGCUAGCUCCAUUAGCGCCGCUGCUGCUCCGUGCACGUCUGCAGAACGAGAAGGGCGUAUUGGGAGUUUUUCCACGUUUUUCUGCUAAACUUGUGGCUUUACACGAGUUUGUAUCACUGGUUUCUUACCGUUGAAGCUUCUGGGAGUGGAGGGGCGCACAGGGCGGAUUUCCAGCGGGCAUGAGAGCGACCAAAGCGGAUUAAAAGCCAGGUGAACUCGGGUCUCUCCAUGGAGAAAAGUUGAGCUAAGGAUUAUCGUGUGGGAUAAAGAAGAAAGGUUUUCACGUCUGGCCCGCUGAAAAGAGCAUGUUAAACCCGCAGUGAUGGAGUCUACGGUUGUGAGCACGUCCACGGCGGCAGGGGAGGAGUUUGACCGAAACGUGCCGCGGAUCUGUGGCGUCUGUGGAGACAAGGCCACCGGCUUCCACUUCAAUGCCAUGACCUGUGAGGGCUGUAAGGGCUUCUUCAGGCGCAGUAUGAAGAGGAAAGCCUCGUUCACGUGUCCCUUUAACGGAAGCUGCACUAUCACCAAGGACAACAGGAGACAUUGUCAGGCCUGCAGACUGAAGCGCUGUGUGGACAUAGGCAUGAUGAAGGAGUUUAUCCUGACAGACGAGGAGGUGCAGAGGAAGAAGGACCUGAUCCAGAGGAGGAAGGAGGAGGAGGCUCAGCGUGAGGCCCAGAAAGAGGCUCGCCGGCCCAGGCUCACAGACGAACAGAGUCAGGUGAUCGCCACUCUGGUGGAGGCACACCAUAAGACCUACGACGACUCCUACUCCGACUUCAGCAGGUUCAGGCCUCCGGUCCGUGAUGGUCCAGUAACACGCAGUGCCAGUCGAGCCGCCUCGCUCCACUCUCUGUCAGACGCCUCCUCAGACUCCUUCAGUCACUCCCCAGAGUCGGACACGAAGAUGAACUUUAAUAACAUCCUGAUGAUGUACCAGGAGCAGGGCAGCAGCUCUGAGUCUAGUGAAGAAGAGGGCUCCAGCUUCUCUAUGUUGCCCCACCUCGCCGACCUGGUGUCCUACAGCAUCCAGAAGGUCAUCGGAUUUGCCAAAAUGAUCCCUGGCUUCAGAGAGCUGACAGCAGAGGACCAGAUUGCGCUGCUGAAGUCCAGUGCCAUUGAGGUGAUCAUGCUGCGGUCCAACCAGAGCUUUAACCUGGAGGACAUGUCCUGGAGCUGUGGAGCCCCUGACUUUAAAUACCAGAUCAGCGACGUCACAAAAGCUGGCCACACUCUGGAGCUGCUGGAGCCUCUGGUGAAGUUUCAGGUUGGACUGAAGAAGCUGAACCUUCAUGAGGAGGAACAUGUUUUGCUGAUGGCCAUCUGCCUGCUGUCCCCAGACCGACCCGGAGUCCAGGAUCACGCCCGUAUUGAGGCCCUUCAGGACCGCUUGUCUGAGACCUUACAGGCCUACAUCCAGCUGCACCACCCCGGAGGCAGACUGCUCUACGCUAAGAUGAUCCAGAAGCUAGCGGAUCUGCGCAGUCUCAAUGAGGAGCACUCAAAGCAGUACCGCUCGCUGUCCUUUCAGCCAGAGCACAGCAUGCAGCUAACCCCACUUGUGCUCGAGGUGUUCGGCAGCGAAGUCUCCUAAAACUACCUCCAGUUUCAAGAUGGCCACCGCUACAGGCAGGUGACACAUGGUUCACUGCAGAGGAGGAGACGAGCUGUGUGGAAAGCAGUGAGAAAUAUAAAUAUAUGAUUCAAAAAGAUGGCGACUCAAAUAUAAUGAAAUGUUGACUAUAAUGAAAUGUGUUUUUGGUGGUUUUCAGAUGACGUUACUCUCACAGAUGAGGGGGACUCAUGGAUUCAUGGAUUUCAAAGGGACAAAAUUGGAAUUAAGUCCUCAAAAUAGCUUCUAUAACAGAAACCCCCCCCCAAAAAAAAAACAGAAGUGACAGAAACCCAUGUUUUAUGUGGUAUUUUCUUUUCAUUAAUAAAACUCAGCAUAUUGACAAUAGUAAUUUUAUCUGCCCUCAUCACAACAUCAAAAUACAUUAAGAUGUUAUCUGCAAACCACAACAGCUUUAUCUAAAAGAGGAACUUUAUUAGAAUUUAAACACAAAAUCUGCUCAAAACCAUUCUUAAAAUAUUUUCAGCAAAUGAAAUUUGAAUUUGUUUUGUUAAAAAGUUCAGCUUUGAAUCAUGUUGAUUGAAAAAAAACCAAAUUAAUGUACUCAAAAGUUCUUCUUUCGCUCACCAGAGUUUUGAGGUUGACAUAAAUGACAUGCAUUUACUUAUAGUCAACAUUUCAUUUUUAGAGAAGGAGAGAUAUAGGAAUAGAGUCUUUAUGUUUGUCUUGUCUGAGAAUUUUAUUGGAAAUUAGGUUAAAGUUGGAAAAAGAGUUGAUGAUGUGUUAGACUAAAACCAGUGGUUCUCAACUGGUGGGCCGGGAACCAAAUUCCUAAAUCGGAAAAUAGUUAAAAAUUUCAGCCCAGAAAGUUUCAUGAAAUGAUAAUAUGGUGAAACACAUGUAUAAAAUAUAUUAGAUCAACUUAAAGCACUUAUAUGAAUGUUACAGUUGUGUGCUGUAAUUUCAAUUUUCGAAUCAGACAUUGGUUUGAAAUUUAAGUUUUUUCUUUCCCCUUUUCAGAAUUAUAGAAUUAUGAUUGUCUACCCUAACUAGUUUUAUCUAGUAUUUUUUUUUUUAAAUCUUGUUAAAAAUUCUAGAUGUUUGUAGUUAUCCCAAGGCAAAAAUGCCCAACGUUAGCUGUCUUACUAGAAAACUUAAAGUGGGGGUAUUAUGCAAAUAGCCAUGUCUCCUGGGCACUAUUCAAACCCUCCUUACUGUAGCUGUAAGAUUGUGAAAUGUAUAGCACAUUCAUGCUCCCUAAGGCACUUGAUCAUAAAUAUACUAAAGUAUCAUACAAAACAAUACAACUUCACAAACCUGCUGUAGUUUCAUUAGUGGGAUGGACACUGAUUGUGUUGUGAUGUCUCUCUGAAGGGGUAGUGACUUAGCUCAGAGAGCAAUGGGAGGGGAGACUCAGACCAUCAAAAAUGAUGUUUUAGCGAAUACCGGUAAUACAGCAUUUUCAAAACAAUAAAAGGUAACAUGGCAAUUUGUAUGUUUUAAAAGUGAAAACCCUAUAGAAGUAAAAUAAAUUAAUAAUAAUUUCUUCCUCCUACAAUUUCUAAAUUUCAAAAUUACAUAACAUACUGGUUAUGUUUCUAUUUAGUCCUAUCUUGCACUGAUGAUAAAUCAAGUCUUAGAAGGACACAUUUUGUAUUAAAAACGAUUUCCUGCAAAUACCAAAAAACAGGUAAAAAUGUUUUGACCUGGUUUAGUCCCUUGAAACUGCAUUAUAUUUUUUAGACUUCUGGCCCAAACUUGAUGGUGGUAAAAUCCUCUUUUCUACAAAUAAUAUCUUACUUUUUCUAACUGACUUUUAAUACAGUUUCCUAAAAAUCUACCCAUACAUUUUUAUUGUUUAAAAAAUUCCAAAAUUGCCAAAAAGAAAUCGUUGUUGUCAAAUGUUUGCUGAAAAAAAAAAAAAAAAAAAAAGAAAUUUGGAUCCCAAUUUGAGGCCAUUUGAGGACCACUGGAACCAAGGGAGCGUCCUAUAAGAUACUAUUAUUAUUAUAUCAAUAUUAUACAUUUUCUGCCUACUUACAUUUUAAUGUAUUUAAAAUCAAACUUCUGCUGCUUAAAAUGCCUGGACAUCAAAAACACAUGGAUUUGGUACAAGUCCAUGUUUCAACACACAACCUACAUAGCUCAGUUCAUUCAGCCAUUCUGUUAUCCUACCUCUUUGGGUUGUUUUUUAAUUAUGAGACUGUAUUUGUAGAUUGCCGCUGUAUGAGACAUUAUUUUACAGUUAGACCACACAGUCCCGAUGACACUCUGCUCGUCUGGGAUUUCAGUGCCUGCACAACUGUUCUGAUGUUAUUUUUACAUGUUAUUCUCAAGGCAGCAUUUGUAUACAGUUUAAUACAGCCAUCGGACACAACAUUAUGACCACAGACAGGUGAAGAAAGCCUGUGCCUCUUAAAUGGGAUAUUAUGGGAAAACUAUUCAGAAGUCAUUUGAAUUAAUCUAGACAAUGUUUAAAACUGUGAGUCAUAUCUAGAAGAAUGGGUCAGAACAUCUCCAAAACGGCAACUUUUGUUGUUUGGUUUAGUCCUGUAUUAGAGCUUCUAGUCCCAGGUUAGACUUGGUUUAAACCUUCAUCAAUCCUGUUUUGGACUUGGUUAGACCUGUUUUUAGUUCUGGGUUUAGUCUUGGUUUAAAACUGGUUUAGUAUUGGGUUAGCCUUUGUUUAGCCCAGGUUUAGCCCAGGUUUAGCCCAGGUUUAGCCCUGGUUUAGCCCUGGUUUAGCCCUGGUUUCAGUGCAUAUUCAGCCUUGUGAUCGUACUGUUUUUUUCGAUGGCUGUGGCUCAAAUACCUGUCGCCAAAGGUUCGCUCUCUUCCAUUUUCUCCUAUAACGCGAUGAAGGAACGGGAAUUUUAUUUUUACAUUUAACCUUCAACAAAAUCUGUUUAUGGACUCUGCGCGUGGCUUUGGUGACCACUAACUUUUACACUACGACUUCUCAACUGUCACUCAAAUCAAGCCUGCAUUAUCAUUUAUUUGUACUUUCUUUUCUUUAUCCGAAAUGAGUGUAAAUAGGUUCAUUGCUUCCACUUCUAACGCUAAGCACUGUUAACCACCUUUAACUCAUGUAUUGACAUAGACCGUGAAUCUAUCUGUAAACAUUAUGAAAUGGUAAGGGCUAAAACGCCAACUCGAACUGGAAAUUUUUGCAUAUUUUACAGGCCGAAUGCAACAGGUCUGACUUGUGAAACAUCACUUGCAAAAUACAGGAGCAUGUCACAAAAUCUAGAACUUUGUGGGGAAGAAUUUGGUUGUUAAAUUUAAAAUGCCAAACUUAGUGCAUACAUAUUUACAUAUAUACUUUUUGGAAUAAUCAUUACUAAUCAUGUGGUUUGGAUAAACUGAUUUUGAAUUUAGCAGCUACUUUUUAAGACAGAUGUCCUUCAUCUUAUAAAAGACUCUAUUAAGCGUGGCCAAAUCAGGUUCAAGCAGGGACUAAAAGUGGACUACAGUCUGUAGAGACACGUGUCUAAAACCUGUCUUUUCUUUGGUAUUACUCUAAAAUUAGCGUUAAACCAGGACUAAAUAAGUAAGUGUAAAGUAUUGUCAUGCAAAAUUGGCACAAAAUUAGGACUUAAUCAGAACUGAACCAGGAAUAAACACUGACUUAAGCAAGACUAAACCAGAACUGAGCCAAGAUUAUAACCAGGUUAGAGGGACUGAAGGUAAAACAGCACUAGCCUUAGUCUACAGUAAACAUUUUUAAAAUUCAUAACAUAACAUUGUCCUAAAUAAAAAAAAAAAAAACACAUUGGACUUCCACACAUGUCCAAAGAAAUCUAAUUUAUCUAGUGGAAUUUGAAAACCGCAAGAUUUGUCAUCAUUUUAUGUGAAUUCAGAUGCCUUCCCUGUCACAGAAAGUGUACUGGCUUUAGCGCUUCACUCUAUCAGGGCUGCAUUAUAUUAUUGUAAACUAUUGCCAAAACCAACACUAAAUAAGGUUAAGAUAUUGAUUAUUGUGUUUGCCAAUAUUGCAUUACAGAUACUUUGAUAACACAAUAUAUAUUGGGACUCUUUUAGUGGUCAGUGUGGCGAGUGAAGGCUUCUGGAGUCUGAACAGUCCAGAUAACGACUGCAAUUAUUUUAAGAGGCAAUUAGUCAUUAUUGCAGCCCUAAUAUUGUUUCAGUUGAACAUAUUCAUUUGACAUUUUAAAUGUUAACUUCUGAAAUUCCCCAUAAUUCCCCACUCUCUUCUGUGCGUGUGACGUGUGCCUGGCCUAACUGAUGCAAAAGCUCUUAUUGUUUUUCUACAUAUAUGACGUUUUUAAUAAUGAUGCAAUUCCAUGAAUUGUUGCAGUUCCGUAUACAGUAUACAAACCUCCUCGGAUCACGCGGCCCUUUCGUUUUGACUGGGAACAAUGUUGAGGUGUACCGCCCUCUGCUGGCUCUUCUGUAAAUACCAGGUAUAAAUAUAUAAGGAGCAGUAUGCUAAAUCCGCCGCUGUAAAUAGGGCUACAUAGAUUAUUAUUAUGAUUUCUCGUCUUUAUUUUCGGGAAAAAUAAAUAUAUGCAAGUACAAUAUUGAAUCAUCACUAUUAUUAUUAUGUUGUAUGUAAGAGUGUGUUGUUUUGACGGAGUUUCUAUUUUCAUUUUAAUAACAAGGACAAGCUAACAUGCUAAACGUGCUGCUCUCUAAAAAAAAAAAAGCCAUAGAUCGCCUAUUUUUACAGAGUUUUACAGUGUAACUUUGCUGUCCAUCGAAAAGGCUGAACACGAACGGCCAGUAAUGAGGAGGCCACUUUAUUAGGGACAACAGCUGCAGGCAGAUAAAGGGGCGCACACCUAGGACUGGGCCAGGACUGGACUAAAUUAGGAUUAGAAUUAGGACUUUUGCCAAAUCGAGAAAAUUGUUUUGGACUAGACCUGGACUUGACUGGGACUAGAUUAUAUAACCAAGACUCUUGGUCCAGGUCUAAAUUAGCAGGACUAAGUAAAACUGAAAAUGGUUUAAAACAGGACUUUCUAAAUGGUAGGACUUAAACUAGGACUGAACCAGGACUAAGCCAGGACUUUCUGACCCUCAGCAAUCUUUCUACCAUUUUCAACUGAACAUAACGUACCUAAUAAAGUGGCCUCUGCAGCUUGGAUUGUUUUGGAUUGCUGAUCAAAGUUGAAACUAGGAGAUGAAUCUAGACUUGUGGCUGAUCUGAGAUGGUAAAAGUUGCCGAGAGCUUUGUCUAUAGUUUUCAGUGGGAGUGUAUUUAGAUCUAUUCUGAUCAUAAAAAUCACUGUGAUAUUGAACAGAAGCAGUUAAAACCGUCUAUCAUUGAAAUUUGAAAUAUUUAGCGUAAAUUUGUAGUAAAAUUUUGGUUAAAGUUGUUUUUUAUUUUGGGCCCCUGUUUGUUCUAAAUGAGGCUGAAGGAGAAGAGAGAUGGAGGUUUCAAUCCUGCAGUAACAUUGUUCUCUCCUCACAAACAUGCCUGAAGAGGUUUUAGAUGACAUCCAUGCAUGUUUGAGUAAUCUAGCGAUCUCUCCCAGGCACUAUUGCAGCACAAGCCUAUGUUACCCAUGCUCCCCACACAACAAUUCUCCAAAAAUAUACAAAAAACAGGCUAUAAAACUGUACACAGCAACUAGACAAAGCUGAUGCGAUGUGCAGGAGUUUUUAGAGGGAUGCACUCUGAUUGUGUUGUGAUAGCGCUCUGAAAGGGGAGUGACUUAGCGGCAAGAGCAAAGGAAACACUCAAAAUUUAAUAAAUUUUGCCCAUACAAUCUUGGAAACACGUGCCACUUAUCCACACAAUACUCAGUGACACGAACUGUAAAACCAUAUCUCCUUCAGCCUCUUCAGAACAUUUCAUUAUUUUUGGGCUUUUUAAAAUGAUUUGCAGAUUUGUUCUUUGUUUAGUCACAGUUUGAAAAUCUCGAAAUUACUGGGACGAAAUUCUCUGUCAUUGCUGUGAAAGAGUAGAAACUUUUGGAGGCAGUACCACUCGUUGGCCAGAGGGGGAGUUGUGCGAUGUGCUUGGUUACUGAUCAUUUUGAAGUUUGUCCAUGUUUGGGGGUUACUUUCGGUGAAUACUUUUUUUCAGAUUUUUUUAUAUUUGGAGCGGUUGAUGUCGUAUGUUUAAAAAUAUAGUGGGAGAAUUAGUGGAUUUCUUAAGCAAGUGCCAGAUGGGGACAGAUCCCAACACUUAAGAACAGGGUAAGAGAUUUUUACAACAAGAAAUGCAGAGGACGUUGGCCAGAGAGCUCAAAUUUGACAUUACAUAUUUGAAUUAAUAAGUUGAAAAAAUAAUAAUUUGCAAUACCAGUUCCAAAAAAUGUGCAUGUUGAGAAAAAUGUCCAAAAAAAAAAUUCUGUUCCCUCCACAAAUAAUGACAAAUAUGAAGAAAGAUAGUUUUAUUAUAUUAAAAUAAACACAAAAGUAAACACAAAAACUCAAAUGGCAGUCAAAGUCACAGGACUAUAGUGAUAUGUAGACCUGGUUUAGACCUGACUUAGACUUGGCUUAGACCUGACUUAGACACGGUUUAGCCAAUGUAACUGGUGAACUGUAUGUGUAAGUUUUAUCUUUGAAUCAGAAAAUCUUCAAAAUUACAACAUCUCAAAGUUACCUCCAUCACCACAAAUAAGAAAUAAUAAUAUAAAUUUGAAAUGAUCUGAGGACAUUUAGACGUGGUUUAUGUAAAAAUCACUUUUUAACUGAAGCCACUGGCCACAUCCUCUGCCUCCUCAGUUGGUUGCUGCUCUGAAUGUUUUGUGUUGCGGUUUUAACAUUGGAACUUGAACCAGAAAGUUACAAAAAUCAAAAAAUUGCAAUAAAUCUACAGUUUCAAUCUUGAUUUUUUUUUUUGUAAUUUUUGGAUUUUUGUGAAUUGGCGUCAAAAUAAUUCAAUGCCUGCAAUAUCUGAAUAUGAACUGACUUAAGGUACACAAUCACCAGCAAGCUUUCCUGUUGUCAUGUUUUUAUAUUAUCAUUACAAAACCUGUCUGGAUCAAUAACGGCAAAAAUAAUACUGCAUUUUGAAUUUUAUAUACAGUAUAUUUUUACAAGCGCCCAUGUUAUUCUAAUGGGGGUGAUCCACAAAUUUCCCAUUGUCAAAAUGAUUAGCAUCAUGAAAGAAUGUGAAGUUUAACACAGUGACUCAGGUCCCUGUCAAAACAGUCUAUGGGGCCCAUGUCGUUUUCCAUCAUGUUGCCAUGGCGAUGCCCGAAAGUGCCCAUGUUAUUGUAUAGUGUUUCUGAAAUGUCCCAUUAAUGGACAAAUAAUUUAUGGAAGAAGGUGAAAUCAUCCUGAUCAAAUAAGUCAGUGGACCCUGUGAUAUUUUGCAUAGUGUCGUCAUGGUGAUGAAGCUUUGACUGAAUUUUCCACAGUAUUACACUUAUCUAUCAUUAGAAACAAGCAUCCCACACUUUACAGGUCAGAUCUGCGGUUUGGCGAGUCCGCUCACAGUAAGCUACGUGUUUGUCAAGGUAUUUCCUAACAGUGCAAUGUUUAAUACCGUACUGUGAAACAUUCCAAGCAAAGCAAUGACAUCUCCAUGAAGACCAGCGCAAGAAAAGUUCCAUAGUGAACUUUUAACUGCUUAUCUUUUAGUGAUAUUAAAACAAUUUGAAAUCCUGAAACGUUUAAACAAUGAACUCAAAAAAGUCAAAUUCAAAGCAGCGUGUUAUUUUUGCUCUUCAUCGGCCAUCUUCCUCCCAGCUCUCAUGGACAGGGAUUGUAAUACGUUUCAAUGUAGUUCUAAUGAAAUGGAUGUACCACCAUUAUCUACCUAAGUACAGGACUGACUACCUCUUUUAGCCGAGUUUUGCUUUAGCAUCGAGCAUUGCCUCUUUUGUAAUAAGUAUUUGUAUCGUGUUGUAUUUAUUAUGGAAUGAAAACUGCAAUGAAUACCUCAGAUUUCUCACAAACAUUUGGGAGAGUCCAGUUCAAAUGAAGUAAUUCACUUUUUUUUUUUUUUUUCUUUUUUGUACAGUUAUAAACGUUUUUUGUUUAUUUUUUUUUCCUCAGAUUUAACAUUGCCUUUUUAACGCACAAUUAAACAAAACCAGGAGUGUUUCUUCAAAAAUAGUGCCUGCACAUUGGACGACCGGAGUUUGAAACUGGGUAAUAAGGACAUUUUAGAAUUGAAAUUAAAAAUCUGAUACUAAUCGAUACUGAAACGAAGUAAGAAACCAGAUCCUCAUUUGAACAGGUAUUGAUACUAAAACUGAAUGUCUUUAGAAUGAUGUUGAGCUGUAUCAAGUGUCAGAGCACAUAGACUAGUAUAUACACACGGACCAACAUGAACCUACUGCACCACUGACCAUUACACACAUAACACACACUGGAAUAGAAAAGAAAGUUCUACCAUUUAAUGUGGAAAAUCACAAUAUAUUGUCUAAAGAAAGAGAGUUUUUAUCAUUGUGAGAUCAGAAUGUGUAUUGAGUAUUGAGUCUGUUAGUUAUUUUAAAGACUGAUCACCAGACUGUAACUAAACUGAAGUUUAAAUACAAACAAGAGUAACAGUAAUAGUACUUUUGUGGUACUUUUUGCCCAGUUUUUGCUCCGGUGUCUCUGCUCCUGUCUGCUCCUUUUUACCCUCUUUUAUUAUCUUAUUUUUUCUUCUUCAGUCCCACUUGACCUUCCUCCAUUUUUCAUCAGUGCUUCUCUUUCUUUGACUACAGCGCCACCUACACAUCCAGUCAAGAGUUUGGACACACUUUUUCAUUUUUGCCACUGAAGGCAUUAAAGCUAUGAAUGGACACACAUGGAAAUCAUAAAGCAAAAUUAAAAUCAGAUAACUACAUUAUCUCUCUCUUUUUUUUUUUUUUUUAAGCUACCCUUUGCUUUUCACUGCUUUCUUUGCACUUUUGGCAUUUCUUGACUCUGACGUGACACAGCUGUAAAGUAGGCGUGGGACGAGACACAGUUUUCACAAGACGAACACACCACGAGAUUGGGUCUACGAGAACGAGACAAGAAGAGAUUGACAAUUUCUAAAAAAUAAGUAGUUGCAACCAUUUUGCAAUUUUGGCUUCACAAUUUUUUUUAUUUUAUACCCUAGCGGUCAUUGUAGUGCUACUUUUUGGAACUACAGCUUCCAUUCACUUUUUUAAUCCAAGCCAAAGUUAAAUUCAGUAAGAAAAAAAUCUCAAGAGAUCUUUUUUUUAUCACGUGUGCACAAUCUCGUAGCAGUUUUGUCUUGUGAUAUCUUGUCCCAUCACUACUGUGAAGCGCAAACCAUUUCAGGAGAAGAAGCUCAGUGAGAGAGGGCCAAGGGUUUGCAGCUGUCCACAAAGCAAAGGGUAACCAACAUAAAGAAAAAUAACACAGAAUGAGAAGGUGUGCCCAAACUUUUGACCAGUAUCUGUCCCCACCCUCCAUCGUCCAAACUACUCACUCCCCUCAUUUUCUGAUUUAGUUUUAAACGCUGCUUUUUCCAGUAAAAUUCCAUCAAAUUCAAGUUUUAUUUUCAUUAUAACUGAGCAACUACUUUUUUUUUUUUUUUUUUUGGUGAAUUUUGGAUUUCUAUAUUUUUGUUUCUCUCAUGUCAAACUGCUUCAGGUUAACACUGAAAGAAUCCACUUUGUGAUCAAAUUCCGAGGAAAUUUUCAAGCCAAGCGCUGUGCCAUUUUUUAGAAAAAGUGUCUUCUAAAAUUGGCUUCAAAAUUUCCAAGGAAAACUAAGGAUUGUCCCAAAACGAGAGAUUCAAUUGGCUAUUUGAUUUGUAUCACAUUUUCCCUUACAAAGAUGUAAAGAUCCUGCGGUGUUCAACACAAGCUGCACACGCACACUGGUGAAAGUUUGUUCAUUUCUAAAUAAUAACUCUUUCUUUAAAACUCAAAAGUUGUAUGUUUCCCUACAUUUCAGAGCGUAACAUUUUCAUGAUCAUAGUUCUGUAAUGACAAAAAAGCAAAUGAAGAUAUCAUUAGCGUGUUGUUUAGCCAAUAUAGUUAUGGUUUAACUUGAACACUGUGAUUUUUGUCCCAAAGACGACCAGCAGGGGGAGAAGUUGGACGUUUUAUCCCCUUAACAAUUCAUUUUAACACUAACCGACCAUUUAAGAUGAAACCAUGACUUAGUUUUGCUUUAAAACUUAACUGUAACUCCUUUUUAGAUGUGCGCUUUGCAUUUGAGACCAAUAUUUUUAAACACGAAGCACUUAGAAGAACGUAAAUCUACUUUCAAAUGAAUUUCCCUGUCUCGCAAUGGUGAAUAUACAGCCCCAAACUUAAACCAGGAAUCCUCUGGUUAAGGGGCACUUGCUCUGUAACCACACAACUUGCCUAUAAGCUCUUUUUGUAUACUAGUAUUGUCCCAUGGUAACAAAUUAAGCAUUAAUUAGCUGAACUAAAUCAGUUCUUCAGUUUUGACCAUUUAGCCUUUAGCUUUAGUGCUAAGUGCUACAGGAAGUAAACAGGCUACUAGCUAACGUUUGCUAAACUGGUCUUGACAAAAGUUUCCAAAACAUGUUCUAAAUACUCCUUCUACCAAAUGACCACACCUCAAGUUUAAGGCUAAGAUACCUAUUCAGCAUUGUUCAUUGUUUUCAUUUGUGGCAUAUCACCAAAGCAAAGUCUUAGUUUGUGAAAUUUCGAUCAGAUUUUUAGUGAUAUUGAAAAUCCUGGAUCCUGAAUUGAAGUGUGCGAUGGUGUGAAGCGUGUGCAGCCGUGUUGACUUACACUGGGGUCUAGAAUACAAUGUGAUUGGAUUUCAAAUGUUAAACUCUGCACUGUGAACCAAAACGUCACUUAUUAGUAAAAGGUAAAAGGAAAAUUUGCCUGAACCAACAAAAAGCACUUAUUGUACAAAAGUAAUAAUUAGAUUAGUAAUAGCCACAAUCUGCCACUAGAGGGCGAUGACGUGGCGUUGAAUAUUAGUAAGAAAAAAUGUUUAAAAAUGUCACCUGAAAUUCUAAAAUAAAUUAAAUUUUUUUUGUCUCUUAUUUUUUCAAAGAUUAUUUUUUCCUUUUAUAAAUUUGGUGUUAAUGUAAUGUUAUUUUUGUCAAAUGUUUUGCAAAUCAAAAAUAAACAGUUGUACAUA